AUGCAGCCCAUUGUUGCGUUGUUGUCAAGGAUGACCGGCAAGAAUCAAUUGCUUGGCGUGCGACGCGGCUAUUCGGCGACCGCAGAUCGUGACGAAUGGGUCCACUCGGACGGUGAUGAUGUUGCACUACCGGCUGCGCGCAAGCGCUCCCGGACGAUUACCAGUGAAUACGGAAAACGCUUCUGCGAGUAUGGCGAUACCCCGAAUUCGUUGGAUGGAUUUUUCAACCUGUCACGUUCAUCGCAUCAAUUAACCACACCGACUAACCAGUCUCUGUCGCAUUCAUGCACUGACAUCCCGGAAAUACUGACCACCCCAGUUGAAAUAAUUGUUCCUACCUCUCCGGGGAAGCGCCCAGGCCCGCACAAUGGAACUCCCAUGACCGAGACACCAAAGAUCUGGAAGAACGCAAUCGAUGCGCGCAGGCGUCGCGUCAAUGAAGUAUCACGUCGAAAUAGGGCCCCCAGCACUUCACUCGAUGCCUCACCUAAGCGUCGGACGGGGUUGGCCAUGCGGCUCAUCUCACCCAGCUUGGGAAGCCCAGGAAAGGGGGAGGCUAAGAUGUUCUGUGAGAAAGGAAGGCACCAUGUCUCCUUUGCCGUGAGCAGCGCCAGCGAAUCCUCAGAGUCGAAUUCCUCCGGCAACGACUGUGUCAUGCUGACCCCAAAGCCUUCGCAUUCAGACAUGGAACUGGUCGUCCCACAACGCAGAAGCUCUCGUUUGGCUCUCACGAAGCGUGCUGACAGUACAAACGGACCAGAUGUGGUACUAGAUAUCUCGCCACCGUCACCCGGGAUGCAGCGUCGAAGGAAUUCUUCAUUUCCACCAGUGGCCCUGAUGCGCCGACGGAAUGCCAUGCUAGCACUCACCGAAGCCUUCCUCGACGACGAUGAAGAGUACGUCCCCUCCGAAGAAGAAAGCACUCUUGACGACGACGAUGCUUCUUCUGACUCUUCAGAGAGUGUCAAGGAAGAGCUGUCAAUCGAAGCCUACCGUCUCCCCUCACUCAAGUAUGAGUGGGGGAUCAGUGACAGAGACGAUGAUACCAAUGACACUGAAGAUGACUCGUCCAGUGAUGAAGACGACGACGGGGAAGACUCUCUGGAUUCGCCCUGCGAGAGUCCGAGAAAUUACUGCGAGUGUGCGCUGAGUGCGGGUGUUUCGACUUCUUUCACGCUGCUGGCCAUCAAC